CCCAGCCCCGGGUGACGCUUUAAAACAGGAACUCCAGCCCCGGCUGAUUAGUCUCCAGAAACGCCAGUGGGAACGCUUUACGAGGUUGUUGUCUAGGAGUGGCCUCCAGAGAAAAGCGUUAGCAUGUCGGCUUUGGUCAGAAAGGUGAUCAGUACUGUGAAAGCCCCAGCGGCCAUUGGUCCUUACAGUCAAGCUGUGUUAGUCGACAGGACCAUCUACAUUUCAGGACAGAUAGGCAUGGACCCUGCAAGUGGACAGCUUGUGCCAGGAGGAGUGGUAGAAGAAGCUAAACAGGCUCUUACAAACAUGGGUGAAAUUCUGAAAGCUGCGGGCUGUGACUUCACGAAUGUGGUAAAAACAACCGUUUUGCUGGCAGACAUAAAUGACUUCAGCACCGUCAACGACAUCUACAAACAGUAUUUCCAGGGUAAUUUUCCUGCAAGAGCUGCUUACCAGGUUGCUGCUUUGCCCAAAGGAGGCCGUGUUGAGAUUGAAGCAAUAGCCAUCCAAGGACCUCUCGUGACCGCAUCACUUUAAGUGGGCCCAGUGCUAUUUAGUCCAGAAUUUUAAUAAUGUUUUUAAAUUAAUAUCUUAAUUUUUACAGUUGAUGUUGGAAAGUGUAAAGCCAACUGAAACAUCUCAAGUUAUUUUGGAGACACCAUAUAAUAAGGGGAACUGAAGAUUAAUGAUGAAUCUAGUUAGCAAUGUUGUGAGUUACACUUAGGUAACAUGUAUUACUGGGUGUGGGAAAAAGACACACGUAUGACACAGUUGCUCAGAUAAAUGAAAGUAAAGGGAAAUAACAUGUAGGAAAGAUGAAAAGUUACUAUUCUUGAGAAAUAAAGAGCACACCUAAGUCAGUUAAACCUUAUUAAUUUAAUGAUGUGAAAUAUUUAGUCUCAUGUCAGGUAUAUGAUUCUGCUUUUACUUGAGUAAAAUUUAAGUUUGAAUGGUAGAGGUAAAGAAGAAGAAACUGGACCAAAAUUUUAUAUAGAUAGUAUUUUUCUAAUUUCUAGUGGGAAUAAUACAGCACGCAGAUUUCCCUUGGGGUGAUUCCGUUCACUUUUUUAACAGUUUAAUUUAUACAUUAAAUCACAUUGCUUAAAUAAAAGUGGAAGAACCAUGAAGUUUAAA